AAGGGAGGGUUGCUGGCAAGCGAUUGACCUGAUGGGCGCUUCAAGGCCCGAAGGUUUGUUGCGAUCAGGAGGCAGUCAAGGCAGUGCAACCUACCUAAGGGUUAGGAUCGCUCAGCUCUACCGGUUGGUUGAUCUCCACUAGGUUCCCACGUCCAAUAUAGGUUUGGAUGCCAUCUCCAAAGUAACCCAACGACGAACGACGGACGUACCCCGCACCCAUCAGUCCGCCGACAUCCAAGACGCGACGUCAGAACAACACUUUCGGGUCUGGCGCGUCAAAACAACUACCACGACCGGCCCUCGAUUAAAGAACCAGUCUGCGAAAAAAAAGGACUCAUCCCACCACAAUACAACAGCACAUCUCCCAAAAUGUCUACAUAUCCAUCUACAUCACAAACGCUCCAAACAUACGGCGACUGCGUCUCGUCGCUGCGCACAUCGCUCUCCUUCCUCGAGUCGUCCGUCCAAACCUUGGACUCGGGCGUCGCGGACUUUCCUCGAUUGUGCAACGUGCUCAAGUCUGUCCGCCACUACGAACUCAUCCCCGCAACCACCCUGUCCGCCGCCGAGGCCUCCCUCCGCUCCGAGAUUGGCCCCUUUGUGACACUCCUCCUCGACCGCGCAGACGGACACCUGGACCGACAGGCGCGGCGCAUCGAGACGCUCAAGGCCCGCGCCGAGCUGCAGGCCGGUCGGUUGAGCUCGUCUUCGUCGCGGCCCGCGGGCGAGGACGAAGCCGCCGCACGGAGGAAGGCGUCGGGCAGCAGGGCGGGGUCUGCAGCGGGACGGAGGAAGCUGCAGGGCGGCGCGGCGCUCAGGGCCAAGAUGGUCACGCAGCGCAAGGAGGCGCUGCAGUACGCCGUCGACAGGCUCGAGAUGGAGGUGGCGCAGAAGGAGAAGGAGUUGAGGUUGAGGCUUGGUGAGUGAGUGGGUGCUUUUGUCUCGUGGGAAGUAAAGAUGCAGAGAUGAUACGGACCAACUGUGCCCUUCCGCGGGUUCCGCCAAGCACAAGAUCGAUACCUGGAUGCUCGUCUUGGCGCAUGCCGGGCUUGAGAAAGAAGGUUAUGCAGCUCGGCCAGGCCAAGCAUAUCAUGUGGCGCUUGAGUAAUGGCAGGAACCCUUGGCAAGAUUACCGUCCGCCACCAUAAACGGAUUGCGCUGCCGUUCGCGCACUUCUCAAGACCGAUAACUUAUCCGAUAUGGCCAGACUUGCUGGUCGUCAAUCAUCUCUUGAGGGCUUGUUCCUCGCACGAGUCAAGUUUAAGUUCGCGAUGGCGCUGGGAUGGCCAAAUUCAGGCGUUUGAUGUUGCUUCUUGCCACUGCCGAUCAUCAUCGGGCAUCAACAGCCCCCAAGAACCAUGUGGCUUGGGCAACAAGAACUUGUUUGUUUGUUUAUUUGUCAGAUUGGAAAUGCCUGUAUCUGGGUAGAAAUCUAGAUGGAUCUGCACUGGGAAAACCUCAGUGUCUCAAGUCAAAGAGCUGGAAAAUCCGAAGACUACCAUACCGGAGAGAGGUGUUGAGCUUAGAGAAGCGAAAAAUACAAAUACUAAUAGCAAAUAAUCACCAAAUUCAGGACUACGGGUAGUAGUUCGCCCUGUCCACUAUGAC